AUGGCGCUCAAUUUUUCAAAGAGCACCCUUCCCUCUUCCAAAUUUAAAGUUCUCCUCAAACCCAUCACAACUUCAUCCUCCUCGUCUGAUAUCGUCAACACUUUGUUAAACUCCCAAACCCCUCAAAGAGCCCUCUCCCUCUUCAAGCAAGCCAUCUCCAUGCCUCUCUCCAAUGCUGAGCUCUCUCAACUCUAUGCCGCCAUUAUUCACAUCACAACCUCUGCCCAAAUGUACCCACUUGCCAAUUCCAUCACGAAACAGCUCAUCGCAUGCUCAGGCAACCGGUGCACGGUUCUCGAUGCGCUUCGGGGGUUCGUCGGGCCUAAAUCCAGCUCCAAGGUCUUCGAUGUUUUGAUUGUCUCGUUCUCGCAGUUGAAUCUCGUUAACCAAGCUGCCCAAGUGUUCUACCAAAUGAAGGUCUUGCCGGUUGUCCAAGCCUGCAACUGUCUUUUGAAUGCGGUGCUGAAAUCGGGUAGAGUUAGUUAUGUAUGGAAGCUGUUUGAUGAAAUGCUUCGCAGAAGAGUUCAGCCGAAUGUGUUCACUUACAAUAUCCUGAUCAAUGCAUGUCGAUAUCAGGGUGAGGUUGAGAAGUGUGAGAGUGGUGAUGUUAAUGGAGCAAUUGAAAAGUUUGAGAGGAUGAAGGAAUCAGGGGUUCAUCCGAAUUUUUGUACUUGUAAUGCAUUGAUUGACGUGUACUUUAAAAAUGGGGAUAUCGGAGAAGGGCUCGCUCUGUAUGGAAAAAUGAUAGAGGAUGGUUUGAUUCCGAAUGAUGUUAGUUUUGCCACAUUGAUAGAUGGAUUGUGUAAACAUAGAAGGAUUAAUGAUGCAAGAGAUAUUUUCCACGUGGAUAUGGCGAGAUUUGGUGUACUUAAGAUGGCACCGAUUUACAACUGUUUGAUUGAUGGUUAUUGCAAGUUUGGCAACUUAAAUGAAGCAUUCAAAUUAUUUGCACAAAUGAGAAAGGUGGGAUUGCCUCCUGAUUCUGUAACUUAUGGUAUACUAAUAAAGGGUUUGUGCGACACAAAAAGAGUUGGAGAAGCCGCUGAUGUACUUCUGAAAAUGCGACAAGAUGGGAUUCCAGCCAACUCUGUGAUCUACAAUACUGUAAUUGAUGGUCGUUGCAAAGAAGGAGACUUGAAUAAAGCCAUGGAAACUUGCUUGCAGAUGAGCAAGGAGGGCGUUGGACCUAAUUUAAUAACAUUUUCUUCACUGGUUGAUGGGCACUCCAAGAAAGGUGAAAUGGAGGCUGCAAUGCGAAUAUAUACUGAAAUGGUAGCGAAAGACUUCAAGCUCGAUGUUGUAACUUAUACAACACUUAUUGAUGGUUAUUCUAAACAUGGGAAUGCUGACAAAAUGUUGAGUAUAAAAAAAGAGAUGGAAGAGAAUGAUGUGAAACCUAAUGUGGUAACUAAUACUAGUUUGAUUAAUGGGCUUUUCAGGGAAGGGCUAACUCGUGAUGCCAUCGAUCUAAAUUUAGAGAAAAUAAAGUUUCCAGAUUUUAAGCCUAAUAACAAAACCUAUAUGGUUUUAAUGUAUGGAAUGUAUAGAGCUGGGCUGUAUUUCAAGGCUGGGAGAUUUUACUUGUCAAUGAGAAGCUCUGGCUUAGUGCCAGAUGCUGUUACUUACUUGCUUCUAAUGCGAGGUCAGUGCAAGAUGGGGUACGUGCUUAAUGCAAUGACUUUGCAAGCUGAUAUGUUGAAAACUGGGGCUAUGGCCGAGGAUUGGUAG